GCGAGGAGCGGACGCGGCCACCAGGCCUCGGCGGGGCCGGGCGUGGUGAGGGUGUGGGCACAACCGUUCCUGCCUGCGUUAGCCCGCGGGCGAGCCUACCUGGCGUCUUGGCCUACAGAUCUUCCCCUCUCGGCGUCUGGCGACCGCGGGCCGCCGCGCCGUGGCCAACAGCCUGCCAGCCGAGUCCCAGUCCCGCGGCAGCCUCCCAGGUCCACAGUGCGUGACACACCCUUGCUAAGGAAGGAGCCUGCCCAUUGAGGUUUUCAGGACGCAGUCUCUACCUCUGGGACGCGGUGUCCCCGGAGCGCUGCAUCGGAGCCCCUAACCCAUGCGCUGGGGCGGCAGGCCCAGCCCUGCUGGGAACCCUCCUGUAUUACACAGAUUUAAGGAAGAGUUUGACUGUGGAACAGAGCGCCAUGAAGGUUGAGCUACUGCCUGCCCUGACCGACAACUACAUGUACCUGAUCAUUGACAAGGACACCCGGGAGGCUGCCAUUGUGGACCCUGUGCAGCCCCAGAAGGUUGUAGAAACCGUGAGAAAGUAUGGUGUGAAGCUGACCACGGUGCUCACCACACACCACCACUGGGACCACGCUGGCGGGAACGAGAAGCUGGUCAAGCUGGAGCCAGGGCUGAAGGUGUAUGGGGGUGACGACCGUAUCGGGGCCCUGACUCACAAAGUCACUCACCUGUUCACUCUGCAGGUGGGGAGUCUCCAUGUUAAAUGCCUAUCGACCCCCUGCCACACUUCAGGACACAUCUGUUACUUGGUGAGCAAGCCUGGUGGUCCGGAUCCCCCUGCUGUGUUCACAGGUGAUACCCUGUUUGUGGCCGGCUGUGGGAAGUUCUAUGAAGGGACUGCAGAAGAGAUGUAUAGAGCGCUGCUGGAGGUCCUGGGCCGGCUCCCUCCAGACACAAAAGUCUACUGUGGCCAUGAGUACACCAUCAGCAACCUCAAGUUCGCACGCCACGUGGAGCCCAGCAACACUGCUGUUCUGGAGAAGCUGGCCUGGGCCAAGGAGAAAUAUGCCACUGGGGAGCCCACGGUGCCAUCCACCAUCGCCGAGGAGUUCACCUACAACCCCUUCAUGAGAGUGAGGGAGAAGACGGUGCAGCAACAUGCCGGCCAGACUGACCCCGUGGCCACCAUGCGCUACAUCCGCAGGGAGAAGGACCAGUUCAAGGUGCCGCCAGACUGAAGCACAGCACCAGCACUGCGGGAGGGGAGGGUGGGCGACCCUGGGGUUGCACUGCAGGGGGACUGGUUCUAGGUCAACUCCAGAGCCCUUAGAUGGAGUUACAAAUGUUCUAAUGCAUAUUUAUAAGAGAAAAAGUUUUAAAGUAUUUAUUCCCACACCCUCUGCUGGCAGACUUUGCAUUUUCUCUGGCCUUCACCUGUGGCUGUCUCCAGCCAGAGCCAGGCCCCGCCCUGUCCUCCUGGCUCUGCAGGGAGAGUGGAGGUGGCUGGCUUGCCCUCAGGCCCUUCCUUCCUGCUCCUGGCCUCUCGAUCUGUCUGCCCACAGCAAUGAAAGCCCACCCUCAGGGGCGCUGGCACCUGG